AUGAAUAGUUCCAGUACAUCCCCUGGAACAGCACCUGAUCCAAUUACCAGAAUGUCUGAUAGACUAGUCGUGGAUGCCUUAAACAGAGCAAGUCUUACCAAUAGACCAUCUUCCGUCAAGUACCCACCAGAUUUCUUUGACGCUCCACAUCACACAUCGUCUUCUAGUGAGGAAGAGACAAUGCGUAAAUCAGGGAAAAAUUCUGCACGAAGUUGA